AAGAGCACAGGUUUUCCUGAUAUACAGCCUGGUUAUACCGUCCAGCUCAAAGUGGAAGUUCCAGAGAACAAACGACGAGUUUCUACUCUGAAAGGCACUGUUAUUGCAAGAAGGAAUGCUGGCCUACACUCAGCAUUUAGAAUAAGAAGGAUGGUAGCUGUUGUUGGGGUAGAAUCUCUUUUCCCUUUAUACUCUACAGACAUAAAGGAGAUGAAAGUGCUGAACGAGAAUAAAGCCAGGAGGGCCAAGCUUUACUAUCUCAGGGAUAGAAAGAAUGCACUCAAGUAAGAGUAACCUAGUCGGAAGGUUUAGUUGUUUGAAGUAGAACUAAUGUUUGUUGCAGUUAUUUGAAGCUUCUGUAACCAUAGUGACCUGCAAGCUAGUGUCGCCUCCUUCAUUUUCUGUAAUAAAUUUUGUUAAUGAGUCUGUAUAGGUAGUGUGUUCGCAGGACUGAACAGUUGAUUCUUCUUGGUUGGAAACUUGGAAUGGAGUCUGGACAACCAAAUUAGACUAGCUGAAUACAUGAGAAUAAAUAGCCCAAGCCCAACUCAGAAAAAAUUGUGGGCGAUUCUUCCACAAAUAACAUGCCACAAAAUGAAGUGAACAAACAUAAGGACUCCUGGAAUCUGUUUCAUCCAAUCAUAAAGCAAAGUUAUUCUUGGAUCUGUUCCACAAACGAGAAGAAAAUUGUUGCAUCCAGAGGCGAAAAUAGGGCUUAACUUACGAUGUCUAUGAAUGACUCAUGGUCCUAGGUGUGAGCAUUUUAUCCGUAAUCCGCGGAUUUAACCGGGACCAACCGUAUUUGUGUGGAUGGAUGCCCAGACCGUUCGCUAAUGGGUUGGACACGGAUGGAAUUUUUGAGAUCCAACGGAAUUACGGAUUGGACCUGGAUGCAACCUUGAAAAUCCGUUGGACAUCCAUACCUGUUAGAUUAAGGACAUUAUAUAGUUUCUAGAAAAUAUAUAGAUAGUUUGGAACUUUUAAGGUGUUUGCUUGGAGUGUUGUCUAUGUCACUUCUAUAUUUAUAUACAUAUAUGAAAU